GGGGGAAAGGAACUGGCUAGAGGAGCGGCCUCCUGCCUACGCUAGCGGCAGCGGAGGAGCUGGCAGAGUGGAGAGGAGGGCAGAGGAGGUUGCAGCAGAGAAGGAAGUGUGAGAGCCGGUUCGGCUUUAGAGUGUGGUGAAGGGUGCUUUUCAUGGUGCAUGGAAGGAAAGCAAAUGCGCAGGUGUACCAACAUUCGACAAGGAGAGACUGGAAUGGAUGUAACAAGCCGCUGCACCCUUGGAGACCCCAAUAAACUGCCAGAAGGGGUUCCCCAACCUGCGCGCAUGCCCUACAUCUCAGACAAGCACCCUCGACAAACCUUGGAAGUGAUUAACCUUCUGAGAAAGCACCGGGAGCUAUGUGAUGUGGUGUUAGUUGUGGGCGCUAAGAAGAUAUAUGCCCAUAGAGUCAUUUUGUCAGCCUGUAGUCCCUAUUUCCGAGCUAUGUUUACAGGAGAAUUGGCAGAGAGCCGUCAGACAGAAGUAGUGAUCCGAGACAUAGAUGAGAGGGCUAUGGAGCUACUGAUUGACUUUGCAUAUACCUCCCAGAUAACUGUAGAAGAGGGCAACGUUCAGACCCUUUUGCCAGCUGCUUGCCUCCUCCAGCUGGCAGAAAUACAGGAAGCCUGCUGUGAGUUCUUAAAGAGACAAUUAGAUCCUUCUAACUGCCUGGGCAUUCGAGCUUUUGCUGACACACAUUCAUGUCGUGAGUUGCUAAGGAUAGCAGACAAGUUCACUCAACAUAACUUUCAAGAGGUGAUGGAGAGUGAAGAGUUCAUGUUGCUUCCGGCCAAUCAACUCAUUGAUAUAAUAUCUAGUGAUGAGCUGAAUGUUCGCAGUGAAGAACAAGUGUUCAAUGCAGUGAUGGCCUGGGUCAAAUACAGUAUUCAAGAAAGACGUCCUCAGUUACCCCAGGUGCUGCAGCACGUUCGUUUGCCUUUGCUUAGUCCCAAGUUCCUGGUGGGCACAGUAGGCUCUGAUCCCCUCAUCAAAAGUGAUGAAGAAUGCAGAGACUUGGUAGAUGAAGCUAAAAACUACCUCCUAUUGCCUCAAGAACGACCACUAAUGCAAGGACCAAGGACAAGACCACGGAAACCUAUCCGAUGUGGAGAAGUACUCUUUGCAGUUGGUGGCUGGUGCAGUGGAGAUGCCAUUUCCAGUGUUGAAAGAUAUGAUCCACAGACCAAUGAAUGGCGAAUGGUAGCUUCAAUGAGCAAAAGGCGAUGUGGAGUUGGGGUCAGUGUUCUAGACGACCUGUUAUAUGCAGUGGGAGGCCAUGAUGGAUCCUCUUAUCUUAAUAGUGUUGAAAGGUAUGACCCCAAAACAAAUCAGUGGAGCAGCGAUGUGGCCCCUACAAGCACCUGCAGGACAAGUGUGGGUGUGGCAGUACUUGGAGGCUUUCUCUAUGCUGUUGGUGGCCAGGAUGGUGUGUCUUGUCUCAAUAUUGUUGAAAG